GUUUGUUGCCAAUGUUUUUUUUUAAAUUUAACAAAGUUUGUUUAAGUUAUACAAUUUAAAUUUUUACUGUUCGAUUUAAUUGUCUUUCAUUUUGUGGUCCAUUUUUUUCAAUUAAAUAUAUCAUCGUUGUUUUAAUUUACAAUUUACUGUUUAUUGUUUUUUUAAAUUUUCAUCUUACAAGGCUGUUUUGAACUGUGUAGUAAAUCUUGCUCAUUUCCUUGCUGUCUAGAUUUUUCCAAAACAUCUGGUCUUAAUUCUGAACUCAUCUAAUCAAUCAAUUGGUCUUUCAGGUUUCUAAAACUGCCAACUAGCUCAAUUCAAUUUCAAUUUGACUAGUCUUUGCCUUUAUCAACUUUAUAUCAAGUCAUUAUCCAUUCAUCAUGAACUCUAUAGACGAAACUCAAAGACCUGCUGAUUGGUGGAUCUACUCAUGGAAAAGUCAAAUUGUUACCGGCCUGUCGUUACUUCAAAUUAUCUUUGGUAUUAUCACUUGUCUCAGUAUUUUUUCAUUCGUUUCAUGUGUUCCCGCUGGUAUUACAUUGAUUAUUGGAGCUUUCAUCGUUCUUGCCAUCGAGGCUCCAAGUUUUGUUACAUUCAUCAGGUUUGCUCAGCCUAUUGGAAUCUUUUUUGAUGACAAACCUUUAUGGAUCAAGUGUGUUACUUAUGCCGGUCUAGCAAUUAUACCUUGUAUUUUCGGCUGUUAUUCUGGACCAUUCUUUUUCUUUGGGUUCUUCUGUGCUCUAGGAACUGCUGUUGUUUACGGUGCCUUACUCAUUGGCCAGAAAGCUAAUCGAGAUGAUAUGAGAUUCCAAGCUGGUGGAUUUUCUCCAUCAAAUCCAUGAAUUUACUUUCCCUGGUUAACGUGUUAUGCAUAUAUUUAUAUCAAGUUUUACUAAUCAACGUUCUCAAUUACAAUACCUUUAACAAGUGCUGACACUCCUUUUGUUUUCUUACCAUUGAAAGUGAUUCAGACAUUUUGUUAAGUUGAUCAAAAUCAACCGUCUGAUGUUUCAAGCCUCCUCCCACCCUUUUUCAUAUUGUGAUUAUGAAUAUUGAAAGAGGAUAGCACAGUAAUUUGUCAUUCUAUAUCCACUUUCAUUCCAAGGAAUUGGAAUUGUUUAACUCAAAAAGCGAUUUGCUUUAGCGAAAAUUGGGGAAAAAAAUUAUAUUCCAAUCAUGUAUUCAUUCGUAUUACCCACCCUAUUUGAUCAACUUUACAAGUGUACUUUACAAUACUUUCCAAUAUCCAUUAGCAACAUUUACCAAAGUAACUAACCUCAAUCAUGAAAUUAUAUUUACCUCGCUGUUGAUGUUUUUGAUCUUUACAAUUUUGAAUCUUUUUGCCCCAAAAGUGCCUAUCAAAAUGGAAUCGUCACGUUGUCCUUUUUUUUCUUGCCUACAAGUUGUAAAUGAUUCCAAGCCUGUUGUUGAUAUUUAUCACUCAAACAUAGAAAUCAAAUUUUCUACCGCAAUUGUCGCAACUUGGAAUCAUCUCUACAUCAACCUUAUCGAUAAUAAAACCAAGUCAAGAUAAUUGUCAUUUUCACUA